GAACCCUGGCGGGAAGGGGAACCAGGGAGCAAGCUCACAUUUGAACUUUCGUCGUUCGACCGUUCGGAACGUGUGUGGGAUGCGAGGGUGAUCGCGUGUGACCGUUAUUUCCAAUUAUCUGAUAUGAACCGGGUGCACGUUUCCCAUCCGUCCAGCAGUUUUGAGUGAUCCAUAAAAAAAUAUUAAAAAAAUGGAAAGUGCCAGUGUCGCGAAUUUCGACUUGUCCAACGAAGGGCCGAUCAACUAUUUCAAAAGCUCGUUCGCCAGGUCGAUGGCGUUCACGAACACCACGGCACAGAGCAAGUCCCUGGAUUACGUCUACUCGGACGAAGGUUCCGCCCUCAGGGAGGAUACUGGAGAAAAACCGCAGCGAUCGGACACGCUCUCGACGAGCAGGCUGCCCAGGAGAAGUGUUCCUUCCCUUCCGUCCCAGGACCCGGCUUUCCCUCGGGAAACCUCGUCCUCCGUCAGGCUCAAAGCAAGGAGUAACGAUGCCCUUAAAUUUUGGAAAAUGAAACAGGAAUCGGCAUUAAAAAAGAAAAGCAAUUCUUGUGUCGGCGGUGAUGAAAUGCUUCAGGAAGAAUCAAAGGACGAGGAAAUUCUCCGACUCAGAAAGGAGUGCCAAGGAUUAAUGGAAACCAACCGCAAGCUGAAGGCAAGCAGUGCCAGUCUAGACGCCAGCUUACUCCAGACGCAGAUCGACACACUGCAGUGGCAGUUGAAACAGGCUGAAUCGAACAGACAAAUGUACAAAGCUGUCAUGGAACAGGUGUCGAAAUUUCUCGAAAGGGUUCAGAAAGCACUUGAAUCUAGUCCAACGAAGGGACACCCGACAAGAGGAAAAUCCAGGGUUCCUAGAAGCAGGAGUGUACAUACUGUUGUAACUCAGAGCCGAGCUUCAUCACCUUUACCUUGUGCGGCGUCAAGUGUCCAUAGGGCGAACAGCAUAUCCCAGAUUCAAGACAGCUACACAACAUUUCGUGACCAUGCAUGGAGAGCCAACAGAGCGAGCUCAGAAGAAGUAUCAUCCGAACGAUUGUCCCAAGAAGCCUUCAGACUUUUACGAACAGUCCAGUCUCUUCUCAGUACUAGAGAGCCAGAUCUUGCCGGUGUUUCAGAUUGUACGGCGCAAAGAGACAAUAAUUCUAUGGGGAGUUGCAGUUCUCUUGUUCAGAGUACUUGUUCUGGGACGGUCAGAGAGGCGGAGGACAAUAAAAGCGGUGGCCCAGCAACUCCUCAACUCAGCGUCGGUUCGACUGAGGACGAGAGCGGUUUCUCGUCCAUGAGUUCGUUCCAUGACGUAGCGGCCGAGCUGCGCGGUGGAACCGGCUCUGUAGGCGCCGAGGGAUCUCACCACGAACUCGGCCUGCCGCUAGUAACUGAUUCGCACAGACAUCGCAGGUGGUCCUCGACGCCGAUCGACUCCGGCUAUCGACAGCCCAUCAGAGUCCUCUGGAGCAGAAAGGGGUCAGGAUUGGAGGUGCCAAACUCUGCGUACAAAAAGACAGUGCCUUCCUAUCCUCAUAGUAAUAAUAUUAAUAAUAAAUACGAGUAUAUGCAGACUUGAAAAC